AUGUGUCGCUUCUUGAUAUACAAAGGCAGGCAGGAGAUUCUCCUCGCCCAUCUAAUCCUCAAUCCUACACAUUCUAUUCUCACACAAUCCUAUGAUUCCAGAUUACGGCUCGACACAAGAAGACCUCACAACGGUGAUGGGUUUGGCAUUGGAUACUACACCUCACAGGAACUUGGUAGCGAGCCAUGUAUAUUCACAUCCACGACUCCAGCAUGGAAUUGCACAAACCUCACAAGACUUGCCGAAAAGACGACUUCUUCACUAGUAUUCGCUCAUGUUAGAGCUACUACCACCGGUCAGCUCUCGGAGAGCAACUGCCACCCCUUUAAAUACAAUAGCAUAAUGUUUAUGCACAAUGGAAACAUCGCUUGCUUCCAAAAGAUUAAGCGUAAUAUUGUGCUAGAUAUCGAAGAGAGAUUCUUCCUUGUCGUAGAAGGAAGUACAGAUAGCGAAUGGGCAUUCGCACUUUUCCUCGACUCCCUUACUAGGCUUGGUGUCGACCCAGCGACAACUCCACCCAAUGGCUUCGGUCAUCAGAUUCUCCGUCAAGCCAUGCUUUCUACUAUUAACCGUCUAAACGAAUUCGGCCGUGCAGCUGGCAUCACCGAACCAUCGCUCCUCAAUUUUGCUGCAACGGACGGCCAUUCCGUUGUUUGCACACGUUACAUUAGCUCCCGUACUGACGAAGCCGCAAGUCUAUACUUUAGCUCCGGUACCCGCUUCCAUGAGUACAAAACCGGGGGGUUUUACCGUAUGGAACGACAUGAUCGUGGGCAAGAUCUAAUAAUGGUUGCAAGCGAGCCGUUGACAUUUGAACGUGGUGAUUGGGUCACCGUGCCGACGAACUCUAUUUUGUCAGUGAAUAAACAGACAGUGCUGAUUCAUCCAAUCAUCGACGAGUUUUAUCAGAGCGAUCCAAGUUACUCUAGGAGCACGCAACUAGCAGAGUCGAAGGGGCUUGUGGGUGUUGGGCCAGCAGAUCAGCAGGCUGAGGCUGAGGAAGUGCUGUCUAGUAACAGUCUAGAGGAAGAGCCUGUGGUGGUGCUGAGAGCCGAGCAAACAGCCCCUUGA